AUGUUCCGUUCCGCUGUUGUCCGCUCGUUGAGAGCCUCUGUUCCCCGUGCUGUUCGCACUCCUGUUGCCUUCCAGAUCCGUAGCUCUCCUGUUGCUCGUCCUGCUCAGUUCGCUCCUCGCUUCGCCUACCAGGGUGUCCGUCUCUAUUCCGCCCCUGCCGGUCUGAACAAGGAGGAGGUCGAGGGUCGGAUAGUCAACCUGCUUAAGAGCUUCGACAAGGUUUCCGAUGCUAGCAAGAUCAACGGCGCCUCUCACUUCUCGAACGACCUCGGUCUGGACAGCCUGGAUACCGUUGAGGUUGUGAUGGCUAUUGAGGAGGAGUUCAGCAUCGAGAUCCCCGACAAGGAGGCCGAUACCAUCCACAGCGUUGACAAGGCUGUUGAGUACAUCCUUGCUCAGCCCGAUGGUAAGUUCCACUACGAAAUGGCCCUCGAUGGCUCCAGUCACUAA